AUGCCUCCAAGACCUGUUCAAGAAAUCUACAAUACGAAAGGUCGACAGUCGACUGGCGGUACUAGGAAGAAGGGAAAGAUAAAUAAACGGAAAAAGCACGCAGCUACCGGCGAUGGCGAUGGAAAUUCAGCUGUACAACCGUCACAACCUCGAGACUCGAACGCGGAGAUUCUAAUUCCCAAGUCGAAGGAGGAGAGGGAGAAGGAACGGAAGGCGAAACUGCUUAGAGAGGAGAAAAAACUGAAGAAAGAGGAGCGCGUUCACAUCUUUGAGAAGCUUGCCAAGAGCCAAGCGACUUUGUCGACUGCCGUUCUACAAUCUUCUUCUACCCUCGGAUCCGGAAAGACUCUUUCGCAUCUAGAACGUUUGGAGAAGGAAGAAGAUGCCGAGACGCGGAAAGCACUGGACGGGCGCCUCGGGAAGCGGAAGCGCCGUCGGGAGGAAUACGAUGUAGUCCACGGCGUCGAUGAGGAUGAUUCGGAUGAGGAUGAAGAUCUCAAACCCGCAUCGCCUUCGCCCUACUUACUCCCUCACAAGGACGUCGAAAUGGAGGAACCUCCGCCUAACGAGCCUGAACCGGCAGUAGUCGUCAACUCUUUGCCUCAGUCUGAUCCACCAGUGGUUGGAAGUGCCCUGCGGCGGAACCCCGAUGGCACAGUUGUCCAACCCAAAAUUCGUCAGCGGACGAAACAAAAACAGGCAUCGAAAAGAGGGUGGGGCUUCAAGAGGACAGUGGAGCAAGAACCUGAAGACUCGGAUAGCUCUUUCGACAGCUCAGAUUCUGCUUGUGAUUCUUCGGAUAGCGAGAAUGGUGGUACAGAAGACAGCGAAAACGAGGAAGGAUACGAGUCUGACGGUUCUCACGCCGGCAAAUCUGAAAUGGAGGAAGAGCCUCAGACAGAACCACCACCGAAAAAGAAACUAGCGUUCAAAGAUUGGGCCCAGAAGCAGCUUUCCAUGACCAAAGGAUAUGUUGCUCCGAUACCCAGUGAUGACGCACCCGCGAUGGAAACUCCUACCACGACAAUCGAGCCCCCACGGAAGAAAGUCAAACGCGAAGGUCCUCAAGAUAUUCGUGGCCCUCUUGGUCGCGACCUGGCCCUUCCUACAACUACCUUUGGACAGCACGUCCUGAAGACCGCGAAAGUCGCCGCGACAUCACCCUCAAUAAAGGUUAUGGAGGUUAAGCGACCUGCGGAUGUGGAAGAGGCUCGUCUACUGCUUCCAAUCGUCACAGAGGAGCAACCAAUCGUGGAGGCCAUCAUGCUGAAUCCUGUGGUGGUUAUAUGUGGUGAGACUGGUAGUGGAAAGACUACGCAGGUCCCACAGUUCCUCUACGAAGCUGGUUUCGGUACUCCUGGCAGUGACAACCCUGGCAUGAUUGGUGUAACACAACCUCGUCGGGUAGCAGCAAUGUCUAUGGCCUCGCGUGUUGCUCAUGAGCUAUCCUUGGCAUCGUCCAAGGUCUCCUACCAAAUCCGAUACGACGCCACGGUUUCGAGCUCGACAUGCAUAAAGUUCAUGACUGAUGGUGUCUUGCUCCGCGAGCUGGCGACCGACUUCCUUCUGACCAAAUACUCAGUCAUUAUCAUCGACGAGGCACACGAACGAAGCAUCAACACCGAUAUUCUCAUUGGUGUGCUGAGUAGGGUAAUCAAGCUUCGUGAGGAGAUGUGGAGGGAAGGAAAGGAAGGUGCGAAGCCUCUCCGACUCAUCAUCAUGUCCGCCACUCUUCGCGUCAGCGACUUUGCCGAAAACAAGACACUCUUCCCGACCCCGCCUCCAGUAAUCAGUGUUGGUGCACGGCAACAUCCUGUCACCGUCCACUUUAGUCGCAGAACCUCUCCAGACUACGUGGGAGAAGCCAUCAAGAAGACUGUCAAGAUUCAUACUCGCCUACCUCCGGGAGGAAUCUUGAUUUUUUUGACUGGUCAGAACGAGAUUACCGGUGUUUGUCGCAAACUCGAAGCACGGUUCGGGACGAAGGUUUUGAAUGCAAAGAAGCAACACCGAGCGACUAUCGCGGCCAAGGCGCACGAAAUCUUCCAGACUGAAGAACGCAACGUUAAUCCCUCCCAAGCUGCGGUCGAAGUUGAAGAUUUGGACCUCGGCGUAGACGACAACGAGGAUUUGGCUCUCGACGUGGAUGACGGAAUGGCAGAGCAGGAUCCUGAAGCUUUGGAUAGUGAUGAUGAGGAUGACGGCGUUAAUUCUGAGCUCCAACUCGAGGAAAGCGAUGUUCCCAUGCACAUCGUGCCUCUAUACUCACUAUUACCCAGCGAUAAACAGAUGAAGGUCUUCGAGGCCCCACCCCCUGGGACGAGAUUGGUGGUGGUUGCAACGAACGUGGCCGAAACAUCGCUUACAAUUCCGGGCAUCCGUUAUGUCGUGGAUUGCGGUCGUGUCAAGGAGGUAGGAAUGACAUGGUCUCAAGUCUUCUUUCGUAUUGACAGUCGUUUCCAGCGAAAAUAUGACCCUGCCACCGGAGUUCAAUCUUUCCACAUCACAUGGACGUCGAAGGCAUCAGCUCAACAGCGAGCUGGUCGAGCUGGUCGUACUGGACCGGGUCACUGUUACCGACUCUACAGUUCCGCCCUGUUCGAAAAUUACUUUGAUCAAUUUUCCCAACCCGAAAUCCAACGCAUGCCUAUCGAGGGAGUGGUCCUCCAGAUGAAGAGUAUGCACAUCGACGCUGUCGUCAACUUCCCCUUCCCCACACCACCCGAUCGGUUAGCAUUGCAAAAGGCGGAACGGAUUCUCAUAAACCUCGGUGCACUCAAGGCGGAUCCGACAAAUACACCGACUACUUCUAUAGCGAAGAUUACGGAUUUGGGAAGGGCGAUGGCGUUGUUCCCCCUUGCUCCUCGAUUUUCAAGAAUGCUUGUAAGCGGGCAGCAACACGGGUGCCUUCCCUAUGUCAUUUCCAUCGUUUCAGCAUUGUCAGUAGGGGAUCCUUUCCUCUACGAGGAAUCCAUCCUUCAAGCUGAAUCCUCCGACUCCGAGUCGGAUGGGUCUGAUUCAGAUGUAGAAGUGAUUUCCAAUGCCAAAGAGGAGAGGAGACUGAAGAGGAAGAUGUUUUUCCAAUCUCAGCACUUGCACUCGUCGCUUGGAAAAUAUACGAGCGAUAUUUUCAAAACACUUUCCGUGGUCGGGGCUUUCGAGUAUGCAGGUGGCGGGCACAAGUUCUGUGCUGACCAUUUUGUUCGUUUGAAGGCUAUGGAGGAAAUACACAAAUUACGCGCACAAAUCAGCAACAUCGUCCAAGUCAAUUUCCCUGCUUCCAAACCCAACUUCUCUGUGAAACUCCCACCUCCCUCGGAUUUCCAACUAAAAGUCUUGAGACAGCUCUUGACAGCUAGCUUCAUCGACCAGGUGGCAGUCCGCAAGGACCGUGUAGAGACGACUGAAACGAGUGGGACACAAUUCAGGACAGCAAAGGGCGUCGCAUAUAGGGCAUUGGGUAUCACUGAAGAUGUCUUCAUACAUCCGAGCUCUGUCCUCGUAAACAACUCACCACCUGAUUUUGUCAUCUUCCACGAAAUAGUUCGAACUGGACGCGCGUAUAUGAAGGGAGUAACCACGAUAAAUGCUGCAUGGCUGUCUAAGCUUGGCAAGUCGGGAGGACUUUGCACAUUCUCUAAGCCCGUUAAAAACAACGCCGGCCAGGUGAUGGUGAUACCCCGCUUUGGACCACACGGUUGGGAACUCCCCGCCAUCAAAGCAGAAGACGCGUCGUGACGCUUUUUGCAAAGCAAAAGUACGUACAGUAUUAAUCGUGCAAUGUAAUGGUAUGUAAUCCCUGGGGGCGGGAUGCGUGGCGAUGCGCUCUAUGUAUAAUUAUGAUGAUACAGUAUCUUUGUCCCGAU